GUAUACAAAAGCUGAGCUGCAUUCCUGUCUUUGCCUGGAUGGACUUUCACAUGCACCUUUAGAAUCUACCUACCUACUAUAGUAGUGUCCAUGACGAGCCGUAGUCACCUUCCAGACGUCACGAAGACCAAUUAAACCAAUGAAAACCGGGGAGCAAGGUCCGACGUCCGAGACGGGCCACGGUUAUCUUAUCGGGUGAGUCAGUCCAAUUACUUGUGGCCGAAAUCGCCCCUCGAUUCCGCCCCGCCGGGAACGGGUUACUCGUUCGCAUAUUUUAAAUUCACCUGCUUCCUCUUUCUCCCCCAGACGGUUCCUUUCAACGUUUGGUCAAUUGCUCCUGGACUUUUCGCUGCCUGAAUCUUUGAGUGCUUUCUCAAUUGAUUAUCGCCAGCAUGUGUGGUAUCUUCGCGUGUCACCAUCACCCCGAUGUGCAGGCCUUCAAGCCUACGGCCUUGCGCAUGGCCAAGGUCUUGCGCCACCGCGGUCCCGAUUGGAGCGGAAGCUGGAUCUCCGACAACACCAUCCUCACGCACGAACGCCUGUGUAUCGUCGGUGUCGACUCCGGCGCUCAGCCCCUUGUGAACCAUGAUGGCUCUCUCGCCCUGGCUGUCAACGGCGAGAUUUACAACCACCGCAUCCUGAGAAAGAACCUCCAUGCCGACUACGAGUUCAAGACACACUCUGACUGUGAAGUUGUUAUCCCAUUGUACAUGGAAUAUGGCCUGGACGCCCCCAAGCACCUCGACGGCAUGUUCUCGUUUGUGCUCUAUGACAAGAAGCAAGACAGGGUCAUCGCUGCACGUGACCCCAUUGGCGUGACCAGCUUCUACAUCGGCUGGUCGUCCGAGACUCCCGGUGCUGUGUACUUCGCUUCGGAGCUGAAGUCCCUGCACCCCGUCUGCGACAAGAUCCAGGCUUUCCCCCCGGGCCAUGUCUUCGACUCCAAGACCGGCGAGUUCACCCGCUACUUCCAGCCCAAGUGGUGGGAUGCCGCCAACGUCCCCACUACCCCUAUCGACUAUAAGGUCAUUCGCAAGUCUUUGGAGAAGUCUGUCCGCAAGCGUCUCAUGGCUGAGGUCCCUUACGGUGUCCUUCUGUCCGGUGGUCUUGAUUCCAGCUUGGUUGCCUCCAUUGCUCAGCGCGAGACCUUGCGCAUGCAGGACGCCGCCCGCACUGCUCAGGCGCAGGGAGUUUCGUCCGACUUGGUUGGUAUCGAUGACGAGAACGAUCUCUCCACCGUCACCACCUUCCAACAGCUGCACUCUUUCUCCAUCGGUCUGCCCGGUGCUCCUGACACCCAGGCUGCCCUCGAGGUUGCCAAGUUCCUCGGAACCAAGCACCACGCCUUUACCUUCACUGUUGAGGACGGUCUCAACGCGCUUUCCGAUGUCAUCUACCACCUCGAGACCUAUGAUGUCACCACCAUUCGUGCCUCUACCCCUAUGUACCUCCUGAGCCGCAAGAUCAAGGCUAUGGGCGUCAAGAUGGUUCUCAGUGGCGAGGGCAGUGAUGAGAUCUUCGGUGGAUACCUGUACUUCCACGCCGCUCCCAACAAGGAGGAAUUCCACAAGGAGACUGUCCGUCGUGUCAAGAACUUGCACUUGGCUGACUGCUUGAGAGCGAACAAGUCUACCUCUGCCUGGGGUCUGGAGGCCCGUGUUCCUUUCCUCGACAAGGAAUUCCUUGAGACUUGCAUGGGUGUCGACCCCGCCGAGAAGAUGAUCACCAAGGAGCGCAUUGAGAAGUACAUUCUGCGCAAGGCUUUCGAUACCACCGAUGAGCCUGAUGUCAAGCCUUACCUGCCUGACAACAUUUUGUGGCGCCAGAAGGAGCAGUUCAGCGAUGGUGUCGGCUACAGCUGGAUUGAUGGCCUUAAGGAUCAGGCCGAGAAGCAGAUCACUGAUGAGAUGAUGCAGAACCCCAAGCCCGAGUGGGGAACCGACGUUCCCGACACCAAGGAAGCGUACUGGUACCGCUUGAUGUUCGAUGAGCACUUCCCCCCCACUUGCGCGGGCACCGUCGAGCGUUGGGUCCCCACAUGGUCCAAGCAGACCGACCCCAGUGGAAGAGCCAUUUCCACUCACAAUGCCAAGUACGACAACGCUGUUUAAACGAAUUUAUGCGAUCCUAUGUAAUGUGUGUGGGUUCUCAAAGUUUUUGGGUAUAGAAGCAUGCAUGGAGUGAUUUUAUCCUGGAGUCAGGCAUUG